AUGUCAUCGAUGGUUUUGUUGUUCCUGUAUCUGAAUACGCUCUACUUAACUUGUGAUGCAAGCAAUACAAACGGCUCGAAGCCAUGUAAGUAUUAUUAAGUAGAUAAGAGAUUAAUAUAUUAAAAUUAUAUGUGCAACGAUAAAUACUAAAGUGUAUAAACGAAGUUUUAUUAAAAAUUAAAAAGUCGUUACAAAUGACGAGGACGUCACGGAAACGCAAUACGCAACUUGCAGAAUCGCUACAGAAGAAUUGGUUGCAAGCGCACGUGCCAGUGUCUCGAGAGUACUUACCGGAACUUGCAAUGCUAAAACGAUCGAUGAGAAGCUGCAGGCUUUAGAAAAGAAUUUGACUAAAGAACUCGAAGAGAUCAAAACAUUAUUGAAUAUAGUUUUGGAGAACAAAAAGGACAUGCAAAAAUUGUACGAUAAUCAUGACGAAGACAAGAGCGAUACACUAUCUCCAAGGCAGUCUGAAAUCGACAAUUUUAACAAUACGUUUCAGAGAACUUCAUUACUAAAUGAGUCUGCGAACCUUUUCUUUUAUUACUGGCAAAUAAAACGUUUCAACGAGAAACUUGUCAAUUGGAAAACCGCUCGUUCCCUACGCAGUCCGACAUUUUACAUAGGCCAGAAUGGAUAUGCCAUGUACAUCAGAGUAACACCACGAUAUUUUCCGGAUGGCACAGUUUUCAUAGGCGUCGGAUUGACUCGUGGUCGUCAUGAUUCUGUUCUGAAAUGGCCAUUUCCCCAUAAGAUUCGCCUCGAGAUUUUAGAUUAUUCGUCGGAGCAAUCGCGACAAGAUCGUAGAUCACGGAUCUGGGAUCCGUCCGCACUUUGCUCAGAAUAUUUUUGGGGCCGUCCAAAAUUAACUGGAGAACCAGAUAAUCCAGAAUGUGUUGGAUUGAGCAUUCCGCGACAGAUCUUUUUCGUCAAGUUGCCGGUCCCGAUCGAUCAUUCGUCGAGAAGCACCAGAUAUCUUUGGAAUGGAAGUAUCACUAUCAAACUGACAGUUUACCUUUAGAUAAUCUUUAUUCUAAAGAACCAGUUGAACUAAAGAUGCAUAAGUAUUUAGAUGCUUUCAAAUUAUUGCAGACGUAUGAAAUAUAUUUUAAACGUCAUUUAAUCUAAUUUUCGAGUUGAGUGAGAUGUCAGCUGUUUAUUACAGACUUACGUAAAUUUUUAAAAUGAUAUAAAUAAAUAUAUUUUUCGUUUUUUUAAUUUAGCAGAAAACUCGAUCGAAGUCUUGGCAAGAGGUAAAAAAUUAAUAUUUUUCUCUUAUACAAUGUUGAAAAAUACGAAAAUUUAAUCAGAUUAUGUCAGAUGUUAGGCACACACGUAAUAAUCCUUUCAGACAACAUUAA